GGCGGGCAGGCAGGCGCGGGGGUCGGGGACUGAGGCAGCAGAGGGAGGCGAGAGCCCGGCAGCCGCUUUUGCUGCGCGGGCUUUUGGAGAGGGCGGUCGUUGAGUCGGCCAAGGAGAAGCGGGCACCGGCGGCGUCGGUGUUGGCGCCUGGGGGCGGGGGACCGGGGAGGGGAGAAGGGGGGUCGCUGCGGUGGUUCUCUCGCUGUCGCGCUCCUCUUGCCUCUCUCCCGGCUCGGUGGGCUCCUCCCGGCGUCUCUCUCGCCUCCGGGGCCCCGCUCCCCGCCCCCCGCGGUAUGUCUUGAUCCCGAGCAGCGGGUUUCAUGGGGCUCCUCAGGAUUAUGAUGCCGCCUAAGUUGCAGCUGCUGGCGGUGGUGGCCUUCGCGGUGGCGAUGCUCUUCUUGGAGAACCAAAUCCAGAAGCUGGAGGAGUCCCGGUCGAAGCUAGAAAGGGCUAUCGCAAGACAUGAAGUCCGAGAAAUUGAGCAGCGGCACACAAUGGAUGGCCCUCGGCAAGAUGCGGCUUUAGAUGAGGAGGAGGACAUGGUGAUCAUUUACAACAGAGUCCCCAAAACUGCAAGCACCUCUUUUACCAACAUUGCCUAUGACCUGUGUGCAAAGAAUAAAUACCACGUUCUUCACAUCAACACUACCAAAAAUAAUCCAGUCAUGUCCCUACAAGACCAGGUGCGCUUUGUAAAGAAUAUAACUUCUUGGAAAGAGAUGAAACCAGGGUUUUAUCAUGGACACGUUUCUUAUUUGGAUUUUGCAAAAUUUGGUGUGAAGAAGAAGCCAAUUUACAUUAAUGUCAUAAGGGAUCCUAUUGAGAGGCUCGUUUCUUAUUAUUACUUUCUGAGAUUCGGAGAUGAUUAUAGACCAGGGUUAAGAAGACGAAAACAAGGAGACAAAAAGACCUUUGAUGAAUGUGUCGCUGAGGGCGGCUCAGACUGUGCUCCAGAGAAGCUCUGGCUUCAAAUCCCAUUCUUCUGUGGCCACAGCUCGGAAUGCUGGAAUGUGGGGAGCAGGUGGGCUAUGGAUCAAGCCAAGUAUAACCUAAUUAAUGAGUACUUUCUGGUGGGAGUUACUGAAGAGCUGGAAGAUUUCAUCAUGCUGUUGGAGGCGGCGUUGCCCCGCUUCUUCAGGGGUGCCACAGAGCUCUACCGGACAGUAGGAAAGAAAUCGCAUCUUAGGAAAACCACAGAGAAGAAACUGCCCACUAAACAAACCAUUGCAAAACUCCAGCAAUCUGACAUUUGGAAAAUGGAGAAUGAGUUCUAUGAAUUUGCGCUGGAGCAGUUCCAGUUCAUCAGAGCCCACGCCGUCCGGGAAAAAGAUGGAGACCUCUACAUCCUCGCACAAAACUUUUUCUAUGAAAAAAUUUACCCUAAAUCGAACUGAGUACCAGGUGUGACUGUUAGAUUCUUGAACUAAGACAUUGACCCUGUCUUCACCUGUUUCUCAGCUCCACAGCCUGCAUUGCUGAGAGGUGUAAAGACAGUUUGCGUUGCGCCGAGUUAGGAAACAGUAACGUCGAGGAAGUAGAUGCUGGCUGGUAUGGCAGUGGGCUCAGAAGUUUAAGUUUCGGCCUUUUUUUUUUUUUCUGGUUAAAGUUUGGUGGGAGUUAUGACCUCCUGCCUGGGAAAAAACCUACACAUCACCUAAAACAAACACCUAGCAGGUCUAAUUGAAAGCUAAACACAAUUUUAGAAAAAGUUCUGACAUUCUGUUUUUGAUAAAGCAUUUUUUCCACUAACCGUGAACGAAGAUGCAUCCGUCUGUCACUUCCACGUUCACCUGGAGGGCUGGGUCACAGGCCUCCGCUGAGUAGUGUUAUGAACUGUUUGGCAGUGUGCGCUUUGUUUUUGUGAGUCACGUCUCAUGAAAUUUAUUGGGACGUUUGACCAUGUUUGCUAAAAAAUGUCUCUGCAGUAGCUGGAAUUGCCCAUAUUUAUGUAGGUCAUUUUAAUUUUCCCUAAAAAAAUAAUCAUUAGUGUUAAAAACCAAUUUAAACCAUUACUAAUACUGUAAAAAGAGUCAAAGCAGUAUUUCUCAUUCCUGUCUCCCCAUGAUCUAAGAUUGAGGAGAUACUUCAAAGAAUGUUGACAUUGCCUGAAGUUUUAGUUAAAGCUUCCACACAUUAAUAUCAAAAAAGUAAGUUUCAUGUUUGUUUCUCCAUGGGUUAUUCGUAAAACUGUAAACUGAGAUAUCAGUGACUCCAUAUUAUAACUCCAUUAGUGAGCUGUGGGAUGGGUAGGAUUUUCCUACUUCUUCUGUACUUUUACUUGUAGACUAUUUUUACUAAGGUGCUUUAUAAUGUGUUUUAAAGCAUUGCAUUUACAAAAAAAAGGAAAAUGCUGUAAAUAUUGCAUAUUUUAUGUAUUUGGACCAAAAGGUUAUGAGUAAUUAGAGAAAAGUGGUUUUGCACCAUUUUUAUUAUGUUGAGUAAAACCAUCAGACCUACUGUUCUUGUAUUUCUCAUUUAACUUUACUGUUAAGACAUCACUGAAAUGAACUUCAAUAACCUUUCAAUUUUGAUACACAGUACAUUAUUCAUAAUUAGGGGCAGUAGUUACAGUGGAAAGAGUACUGGACAAGGAAUCAGAAAACUUGAUUUCUGGUCCUGGCUCUGCCACCUGGCUGUGUGACCUUGGGCAAGUCACUUAACCUCUCUUUGCCUCAAUGUCCUCAUCUUGAGAUGAGGAUAAUAAUACCUGCUGUACCUACCUCACAGGGGUGUUGUGAGGAUUAAAUGAGAUGGCAUAUGAAAGCACUUUGAAAACUUAUGCGCUAUAUAAAUGUAAGGUAUUAUGGGAACAUCUUUAACAUAUAGUUUCAUACCAUUCAUUUUUUAGCAAAGAAAGAGAAAAGUCCACUUAUAAACUACUUGGAAAAAAAAGUUAAUCUUGAUAUAAAUUAGUGUUUGAUAAAUAUCUUCUCAGUGUUUUAUCUUCCCUGUUUCAACAACUAUUGAAAUAUGAAACAUCUGUGAGCUCUUAAAGAUUCAUGAGCAGCUGCUUGAGUUCAGGAGGUCCCCUGUUUGAAAACGACUCCAUUAGCUGACUCAGGGCAGAGGAAAAUUUGCUCUUCAAAUUCAGAAGAUUUUUCUGUUUUUAUUUUACAUUACCAUUCAGAAAUGGUAGCUAUUUUAUACCUCUGGUUUUUAAGGUAUAUUUUGCAGAGUUUAAUUUGCCUGUACUCUCUUUACCUUCUUCCUCUUCUUAGAUUAACAGAGAUAUUUUGGAAACAUUUUCUCAAAGAAUAAUCUUCAAUAUGUUUAGUUUAAAUAAAUAUUCCUGAACGAGGCCUCACCAAACUAUGUAAGCAUUUCAGGCAGGUUGCUUUAAAAGUUAUUAAUGGUGAGGGAGGCGAGGACGGAGCAGUAGUUAUCAAAAAACAUUUAUAAAUAAGUUUAAAGAAAGGCUAAAGGAAGUUGACAGAAAGAAUCAUUUUAACACCCUUUCCCCCCAAUAACAGGAAAAUACUAAGAGAACAUCAACAGGCAUACUUUUCUUAUUUGGCUUUCUUUCUUUUUUGUACUUAUUAACUUUUACAGUUAUUUGUUGAACUAUAUACAAAUUGUUUCCUUGCCCAAAAGUAAGGCACCACUUCAAGGCAGUGGGGUGUUUGACACUGAUCUGCUGAGGGCCCCAGCACGCGGGUUAUUCUUGGAGUACGUGCUGCAUCUUCCUGAGGUUCGUUAACUCUUCUAGGUAACUGGAGCAGCAGCAGUGCACUAGAUCAAGGGGUCAGGAAACUUUUUUGGUAAAGGUCCAAAGAGUAAAUAUUUUAGGCCUUAUGGGCCAUACAAUCUCUGUCACAACUACUCAACUCUGCCAUUUUAGCCCAAAAGCAGCCCUAGACAGUACAUACAUGAAUGAGCAUGGCUAUGUUCCAAAAGAAUUUUAUUGCAAAAACAGGUGACCUGCCAGAUGUGGACCAUGGGUCGCAGUUUCCAGCCCCUGUAAUAAGAGAAAUCAUUAUUUAUGGAGAAAUCAUGUUUGAAUCUGUACUCUAGUGGCCUAAAAGAGUUUAUAUACUUCCAAAAGCUCCUAACUUAUAUCCCAGGAAUUGCUUUCUGAUUCAGGCAGUCUCUCCCACAGAUUCAUAAACCUUUGUGACUUAGAGUGCUUCUAGGUGGGCGUGUUUUCUUUCCCAGUUGAACAGUUCAGAAUAGGGACAUUUAUUCUGUCAUCUUGUAGGGUGGGUUAGGAGUAUCCUUCCUGGAGACUGAGAAAGGGUUAGACUCAAUUCCAUCUGGUCCAGUACAGUCCUAGGAGUCUGACCAGUGCAGACUCUUAUAAUACUGAACUUUAUAAGUAAAUAGAACCACUGAGACAAUAAUGUAUUUUUUUAAAGUGGCAGAUGUGGUUUUCUUUUUUCAGCCUUUGCGCUUUUUCAGUAUUUUGAUCAUAGGGAAAUUUUUUUUAUAUAAUACAAAAGCAAAUUAACCACUUUGAAUUUCAAAAGAUAAUGUUAUGUGUGUAUGUGUAUAUAUCUAUAUCUAUAUAUGUUUAUUUCCUAAAAGAGGAAAAAGUACCUUUUGUUCAACUUGUAUCAACUCCUGUUUUCUAUUUGCUGUGAAACGACAACUGUUGAUAAAUUAUUGUGACUGUUUUAAAAUGUAAUGGGAGGAUAUAUUUUGAUUUUACCCAGCUUUAAUCUGUAAAGUAUCACUUAAAUAUAUCUGAUAGCAACACUUAAAAUAUUGCAUGGGGAUUACUUUUCUGUCAUCCAUACACAUUUGUGCAACUUUGAACAUUUUGGGUGCUUCUGAAUUCCUGAUGAUUGGGUUUAAAUUAUUGAAAAUCAGAGAACGUAAACGUACUGACUUUUAAACUUUAAAUAUUAUUUUCUAUUCUUAAAGUUCAGUUAAUGCCUAUAAUUUGAAAUCUACUGUUGCUCUUUCUCAAUAUGUGUCCUACUGGAAAUUCCUAAAAUUGUUAGCGCCAUCAGUGAUUUACAAACAGUAUUUUGAUAUUGCAGGUGAUUUGCUCAUUGUAUUUGCAUAGUUAGAAAGAAAAUAGUUUGUAGACAAUGAUUCUCUUUUUCUAAUAAAACGAAAUAAAAAUUCUAAAGGCACUAGAGAAUUUAACUAAAGGCUGGUUCCCAAAUGCAUAGCUGGUAUUUUAAUUUAUAUUCAAAUUCUACAUAGAGAACAUCUGUGUAAACCAUCUCUCUGGGUUUUCCCAUUGAUCAAUGUGAAACACACCUAUGGUCCUAGAAUCCUUUAUUAUGAGAAGCACCCGGUACUGUAACCUUUUAUGAAAUGUGUCCUUAAGAGGCCCAGGUGCUUCUACUUUAUGAUUUGAAAACUUGCCUUUUCAUAAAUUAGUGCUAUUUACUUUGAGAGGAAGCUGAGCAAUUGCUGUUAAAUUUUUGCAUCCAUUUACCCUCUGCAAAGUUGCAUUAUGAUGCCAACUGAACUGCUGUUCAGGCAGCCUUGUGAGGGGAAAGCAGCCCUGUUUCAAAUGCACUGCCAAUUCAGCUCCUCUGGAGCGGAGCUGACUUUCUGAUUUCCUGGAGUGGGAAUUUUAGAGAUGGAAAUGGCUGAUUAGUUAGUCAGAUUUAUCCUAUAAUUUAAGUUCAUGCAGCUUUGUGAUCUUUGUAGUACUAUUUAUAAAAGGACCCUAGUGUGAUGAUCUCUCUCAAACACGUUACUGGUAAGCUAUGAUUUAGACACACUGGUGCUGUCUAUCUGAAUUUUAGACAGCUUUUGUAGCUUUCUAUUGACAGGUAUGUGAGCAUCUCUAAAGCAGCGUCGAAUGUAAUUUUGAGAAACAUGGAUUGUGUAUUUUGACUUUUAUUUUAUAUAUACACAGCUAAACAGUGCCUUUUCUCCCUCCCAAUCCAUGUUGGAAGAUGCUCACUCCUUCCUCUGACUCUGCUUUCUUCCCUCCUCUCUCCCCUCUCCCCCGUUCAGUUGACUCAUUUAUGCAAUACUGUUUCCAACUUGAAACCAUUUUGUCACAUCUGUUGGAGAGAUAAUCACUCCUUUUCCUUAACAUUCUGCCAGCUUUCUGUUGUUGAAGUGUUUCAGUUGAUUACCUGAUGCAAAAGCUAUAAAAUAAACACUCCGUGGGAAGGGGAAAAGUG